AUGGAGACCCUCAAAGCAGUCUUUUUCGGCCCGGAUCCUCAAACACAGAUGAGAAAAUGUAACCAGCUCAUCCGCGUCAAUACCCGACAGUUGGAUCGUGACAUCGCACAACUGAAGACUCUGGAAAGCAAGACACGACAAUACAUUAUGAAUUCGUCGAAGCGGGCCCAACGCAAUCCCUCCCAGGCCAAGCAGGCCAACAUGGAGGCCAAGACCUUUGCACGAGAGCUUGUUCGCAUUCGCAAGCAGUCUACCCGGUUACAUACCAGUCGCGCGCAACUGCAGAGUGUUCAGAUGCAGGUCAAUGAGGCCUUCUCGGUUCGGAAGAUUCAGGGCAGCUUGAAGAAAUCGACGGGGAUUAUGAAGGACGUCAACACAUUGGUCCAGAUGCCCGAGCUGAAUGCCACGAUGCGUCAGCUUUCGACGGAACUGGUGCGGGCCGGGAUCAUCGAGGAGAUGGUCGAUGACGCCAUUCCUAACAACGAGUUACUGGAGGAAGAGGAAGAGGAAGCAGAGGAGGAGGUCGACAAGGUCCUGCAGGAGAUCCUCCAUGGCAAGUUGUCUCAGGUCGAAGGGGUCCAGCCCGAGAAGCCAUUGGAAGAGGCUCCGGAGCCAGAGGACGAGUUCGCGGAUCAAGAAGCGACACUAGAGCAGAUGCGAGGACGGCUCGAAGCCUUGAAGAGCUGA